ACUCCUUACGCGCCGGCCUCAAAAUGGCCGCCUUCUGGCGUCUCUGCUGCUGUUGAAUGGAGAAAGCUUUAUUGUUCCCUUCGGGCAGGAGUGUUCGUGUCCUCUAUGGCGCUGUCAAUAAAGAACGGCAGUUUGAAUCGGUGCUGAACAGCGCCGAUCCGCAGAAAGCGGAUUCCGGAAGAAGAGAGGGGGAGACGUCCUCGGGGCAGAGCUGAUGCGAUGGAGCUCCCCAACUAUAGCCGGCAGCUGCUGCAGCAGCUCUACACCCUGUGCAAGGAGCAGCAGUUCUGUGACUGCACCAUUUCCAUUGGCACCAUUUACUUCCGGGCCCACAAGCUCGUCCUGGCCGCUGCCAGCCUCCUGUUCAAAACCCUGCUGGACAACACCGACACCAUCUCCAUCGACGCGUCUGUGGUGAGCCCCGAGGAGUUUGCCCUCUUGCUGGAAAUGAUGUACACUGGCAAGCUGCCUGUGGGCAAGCACAACUUCUCCAAAAUCAUCUCUUUAGCCGACAGCCUGCAGAUGUUUGACGUGGCCGUUAGUUGUAAGAACCUUCUGACCGACCUCGUGAGCUGCUCCGUUCAGGGCCAGGUGGCGAGGGAUGUCUCCGCACCGUCCUCAGAGUCAUUCAGGAAGGAGCCCGAGAAGCCCGAGGGGGAAAUCCUUUCCCCUGAGGGUGCCGGAGAGCCCCGUUGUUCCCUGGAGGAUUCUGCCCCUCCGGGGGGCCCUGUGAAAGCCGAGACCGAGGAGGCGGUCCAUACGGCUGCACAGGAGAGGAGCGUGGGUCCUUCCACUGCCCAGGAGAUUCCGGGGAAUGCAGAGGCCCCGGUGGAGACUCCUCGUCCAGCUGAAGUUUGUUCCCCCUCCCCUGCCGGACAGGCCUUUAGUGCGGCGAAGGAGGCGAGCAUGGAACCAGAGUAUGAGAGGAAACGCCGUCAGCUGAAUUUUCUUCUAGAAAAUGAAAGUAUCUUCUCUGAUGCACUCUUGGUUACCCAGGAUGUUUUAAAAAGACUAGAAGAAUGUUCAGAAAUUAAAGGUGCACAGGAGGAGACUAUAAUGGGGUGUCUUGAGGGUGAAGAAGGACGUUCAGCAUUCCAGAGAAUCCUGGAUAAAGUAAGAGAUGAGAGCCUGGAUGUUCAGACUGUUGUGUCUCUGUUGAGGCUAUACCAAGAUUCCAAUCCUGCAGUAAAGGCAGCGUUGUUACACAGAAAGCCAGAAGACAUACAAGCAGCACAGCCAGAAGGGAGCACAGAGGAGGGAAAGACCUUGUCUGCUCUGUUACUGGAACACAAAGAGGACCUGAUCCUGUGUGUCACACAGCUGAGACCCAUCCUGGAGUUCCUGGAAACAGCCAAGGAGGAAUUCCUAACUGGCGCUGAGAGAAGGGUGAUCCUGAAUUGCUGCGAGGGCGGGACCCCCAAGGAGACCAUAGAAAAGCUGCUGCACAGAAUGUCUGAAGACAAGACUCUGACUGCAGAGAGUUUGGUAAAACUCCUUCAGGCUGUGAAACCGACGUCCCCAAACUUGGGCCUUCUGCUGGAGAAUUUGCAGAAAUUAGCCACUUCGCCAAGCACCACAGUCCAAGCAAGCCCUGAUGAUUAUGGGACUGAGCUGUUGAGACGGUAUCACGAAAACCUUUUGGAGAUUUUCACAGACAACCAGACAUUACUAAAAAUGAUCCCACACAUGAAGGGUUUAGCCCCUGGAGAGAGAGAGGUCAUGGAGAAGCUUGUGAAACAGGACUCUGGCUCGGGUGGUUUCAGUUCUCUGAUGUCAGCAGUUCUAGAAAAGCAGACUGUCUCUGCAACAGCCAUUUGGCAACUGCUGCUGGUGGCUCAGGAGACAAAGACCGGCCCGUUGAACCUGCUCAUGGAGGAAAUACGAAGGGAGCCUGGUGCCGAUGCUUUCUUCCGGGCAGCGACCAACCCAGAAAGUGCGGCCUUAGAAGCCAUGCUAAGGCAUCGCAGACUGAUCCUAGAGGCCAUCCAACAAGGGACUGGACUCAAGUGCUUUACCGCAGAGGAGGAGCAGCUGGCAGAGGCUGUGAAGGAGAUUCUGAGCAUUUCCCCUGAGACAGCCAGCCCUGAAGCUUCCCUGAAAGCAGUGCUGAGCAGAGCCACGGAAAAAUCUGUCGCGGCCGUUGAAAUAUGUUCCCUCCUGUGCAGUGUCCACAGAUCUUUCCCAGGCCUGCAGCCUGUCAUGCAUGAGUUGGCAUACACUGGCUUCCUUACUCAGGAAGGUGGAGAGGAGGAAAGGUGGAAAGUGAGCAGUAAAUUUCCCCGCGCAGCCAACGACAGAACAGAUGAGAAGGUAGCCGAGCCGGCGGAGGAAGGCUGCCGGUCUGGGAAGCAGAGCAGUCAAGGGGAGACCGGCUCCUUGCCAGAGCCACAAGCGAAAAACACGUCUGCCUCCCCCGACCCUGCCAAGAAGAGCUUCGUCUGUAAGGCCUGUGACAAAAGCUUCCAUUUCUACUGCCGUCUGAAGGUGCACAUGAAGCGCUGCCGGGUGGCCAAGAGCAAACAGGUGCAGUGUAAGGAGUGCAGUGAGACCAAGGAGUCUAAGAAGGAGCUGGAAAAACAUCAGCUGGAGGCCCACGGUGGAGGAGGAGAGCCCGAUGCCCCGAAGAAGAAGAAGAAGAGGCUUCCAGUGACAUGUGACCUUUGUGGGAGAGAAUUUGCCCACGCCUCAGGCAUGCAGUACCACAAACUGACAGAGCACUUUGAUGAGAAGCCUUUCUCCUGUGAAGAGUGUGGGGCAAAGUUUGCGGCCAAUUCUACCCUGAAGAACCACCUUCGCCUUCACACUGGGGACCGCCCGUUCAUGUGCAAGCACUGCCUCAUGACCUUUACCCAGGCCUCUGCCCUGGCCUACCACACCAAGAAGAAGCACUCGGAAGGGAAAAUGUAUGCCUGCCAGUAUUGUGAUGCUGUGUUCGCCCAGUCCAUUGAGCUGUCCCGCCACGUGAGGACCCACACCGGGGACAAGCCAUAUGUCUGCAGGGACUGUGGCAAGGGCUUCCGGCAAGCCAAUGGCCUGUCCAUCCACCUGCACACCUUUCACAACAUAGAAGAUCCCUACGACUGCAAGAAAUGCCGGAUGAGCUUCCCCACCCUGCAGGACCAUCGCAAGCACAUCCACGAGGUCCACUCCAAGGAGUACCACCCCUGCCCCACGUGCGGGAAGAUCUUCAGCGCCCCUUCCAUGCUGGAGCGGCACAUGGUGACCCACGUCGGGGGGAAGCCCUUCAGCUGCGGGAUCUGCAACAAGGCCUACCAGCAAUUGUCUGGUUUGUGGUACCACAACCGGACCCACCACCCUGAUGUGUUUGCCGCUCAGAAUCAUCGAUCUUCCAAAUUUUCAUCGCUCCAGUGCGGCUCCUGUGACAAGACCUUUUCCAACACCGUUGAACACAAGAAGCACAUCAAAGCAGAGCAUGCAGAUACGAAGUUCCACGAGUGUGACCAGUGUAAGGAGCUCUUCCCCACACCGGCUUUGCUGCAGGUUCAUAUCAAGUGCCAGCAUUCAGGGUCGCAGCCGUUCAGGUGCUUGUACUGUGCGGCUACUUUCCGCUUCCCGGGAGCACUGCAACACCACGUCACCACGGAGCACUUCAAGCAGUCAGAGAGCACCUUCCCCUGUGAGCUCUGCGGGGAGCUCUUCACCUCGCAGGCCCAGCUUGAUGGCCACUUGGAAUCUGAACACCCAAAGGUGACGGGCUCUGAGACUCAAGCAGCAGCCUCACAGGUGAUCCAAACCCCAGAGCCGGCGGCCCCGACGGAGCAGGUGAUCACCUUGGAGGAGACCCAGCUUGCUGGGUCACAGGUGUUUGUGACCUUGCCGGAUUCACAGACAUCUCAGACCAGCUCUGAGCUUGUGGCGGUGACCGUGGAGGAUUUGCUAGAUGGUACCGUGACCCUCAUCUGUGGCGAGGCCAAGUGAGCGGCUGCCCAUCCAGGGGAGGGCCCUGCGUUUGCCGCAGAGAGAACGCUCCGCAGCUUUGCCCUUUGCCCUCCGCCCCCGGCUGGCCCGAGUAGUGGGCAUCUUAGCCUCCACCAACCGGAACACUCUCACUUCGGUCUCAUAGAACCAACAGUGUUGGAGUCAUCGGCACCGACACCGCUGCCCUUCAGAGGGGACGGGCCUACUGCAGUGGCCUCUGUGAUGAGCAGUGGGACGGGAGCUGGUGGCCAGGGCACCAGAGAGGGGCUGUGUGCCGGCAGCCUUCCCUGUGCAGAAUGGCAGGGGUGUUGGGGACGGCGGCCCACAGAUGGGGGCUUCCGGUGCCUUCUGGCCAUCUAAAAAUGAGAGCAAAGCACAACGGACCAUCCAGAGACCCCCAGGCCGGUGCACACUGGCCUCUUCCUCACCCUGUCAUCCUCCCAUCUGCUCCGGAGGCCCAGCCCACUCCCGGUGGAUGGGGAGCGGCGUGUUAACGCGGGAAGGCCUCGCUUCCAUGCCGAGUCCCACCUCGUCAGGACCGUCAGCCCUUCCCCAGACGAGGCCUUGCCGGGUUUCUGCGGGAAGCAGUCAGUGUGGGGCCGUCCCGCCGCAAAGACAAUCCCUGCCUUUCCAGGAUGUUUUCCGUGGUGUUCUGUACCUGAAGGCUGGUUCCCGCAGCCUUCCCGCAUUCCCCUCACCCCUAUUUCCAGUCAGAGCGGGAAAUGCCUACGUGGCCCGCAAGCCUGGCUCCCUCACUCUGGAGCUGGUGUUACGGCCAAUGAACCAGUGCCGGGCCGGGUGCGGUGGUGCCCGUGGCUGCCCCUGGCUCUUCCUCCGGCCACGCUCCCCCUGCCUUGCGAGGGGCCUGUCGUCCGACUCUCCAGGCUGCCGCUGUUACCACAGGGUCGUGAGCCUUUGGAGUCUGAAUUUCACCAAGUUUUUUAUGUGCGGUUCCUAAAAUAUAAUCUGAUAAUUAAUGGUUUGUGGAAUCCAUUACGAAGUGCAAUUAGAUGGAUGUAGGUUCCCGCCGUUUGGAGGGAACGACUAGCAUUUGUCUUCCUUUCCUCGAUGCCGGGAGGUCGCAGUCUGCUAGUGCAGUGUUUACACAGCAGGCAGGGCUCCCUGCCACGGCGAGGGGCUUGACCCCCGCGGAGCUAGUGCCCAGUUGCGUCGGCCCCCCGCAAGCCCACGCCUCCUUGCCGAGCACAUUUCGCGUCACCCCGUACAAGCAGGGGCAGGGGGUCAAUUUGGGACCCGGUGAGGACUUCACCGCCUCCGCGCCCCGCUGGAAGGGCGGAAGGCGGAGCCUUGCCGCUGACCAGGGCGUUCGCUGCGGCCAUCUGGCCGAGCGCGGGCGGUGAGCUCCAGCGCAGGCCUGUGCACACCAGGCAGCUAACUGCUCCUGCCUCCACUCUUGUCCUCGUUUUGAUAUGCAAGUCACUUGAGCUUGUCGGCUCAGGGAUCUUCCCAUUGUGGAGUAAAUGAAGUUUUCAAAGGCAAGUCCUCAAAAGCCAAAACCUGACCAGAAGAUGGUGCUCAAACCCUUAAGACGUGGCCUCCACGUGAAGCCCUCACCGCUCCUGCCACGGCGGUCUCUUCUGAAGGUUCUUCGGUGCUGUGAGCUGUCAGACCGGGAGAGCUCUCGAUCUGCAGCUGGCAGAGUGGCACCGAAUCGCCCCUUGGGACCAGACGAAACCCUCCGGGAGAGAAUGGAGUGGCCCGUGCCUACAGGGCCACGGGGGCCAGCCCGGCGGAUGAGAGUGCCGCUCCUCGCGAGCCUCGGCGGUGGCUGGGGAUUGCAGCGCCGUCAGAAUCGCUUCUAGUCGAAAAACAAAUAGAAACUUAAUUGCUAAGGGCCUGUAGGGAGAAGUGAUUUUUCUUUUUAAAAAAAGCCUCCUGAUGAAGGAAAGCUGAAGUUUUUAAACCAAGUUCCAGAUCUUUUCAAGUACCGAGAAAUCCUUUCUCAGGUCUCCGGUGGAGCCCCACAUUGUGGCACGGCCACACAUUUCCUCCAGAAUCGCCAGACCCGCAGCUCACUGGCCGGGAGCAAACAGAGGGGUCGGACCUGUGCUCGGUGCGCGCCUGCCCUGUGGCCCGUUCGGCAGGAGGCACGGACCCUGUGCCGCUUCUAGUCGACAGUGAGGAAAGGUGCGUCCUGAGUUUAGUCAUUGCUCCGAGCGGACCUCUGCAGGGCACUGCGUGGCGGUGAUUUUACAGUGUCCCUCCCCAGAGAUGCCUAAGCGUGGAUUUUAAUUGUAGGAAGACUUUUUCUAGCUCUGCUGUUUUUGUUCUUUCCUCCCACUGCUGCCCAAGAGACCUUCUGAAUGUCUGCCACAGAGGACAUUGUCAUUGUGCUCUCCUCGGUCCCCGUCACUUGCUUUCUUAUGGCAGAGGUGUCUGCCAGGGGUGCCAGGGGUGCGCCCUGCUGGCCUCCAGGCUGAACCCUGGCGCAUUUGCGGUGGAGUGGAGGAGCCUGUGGGCUUCCCGGCUACGUUCAGUAGGACCGCAGACUUUCUCUGCUUCCAGAAGCCGGUGAGGAGUGGAAAGGCAGUCAGAUUCCAAGCUGGAGUCUGCUUCUGUGGGAAUAAUGGGGAUCAUUUAUGGAAUGGGAUUUGCCAUCCCAGGUAAGUGAGACGACAAAUAGGAGAUUCAAGAGCAAGGGUUGCCCGAGGAAGAUGGGACUGUCCCAAGUACCUGAGCAGCACCUGGGGCCGGCAGGGCAGCAGAGGGGCUGAGGCAAAGAGCCUGUCUCUUCUGUCUCAGAAGCUUUAUGUUUAGAAGCCUUUGAGCCCGGCGAGUGCCAGGGUCUAUGCUGUGAAUCCUGGGUUCCGUGAUGAAUCCUGGUGAUCCGUCCAGGGCUUCUGUGCGGAAACACUGACCCUCCUCUCCCACCAACCACGGGCGUUGGCCACAUGCCCCAGGGAAGAGCUCUGAUGGUCAGGUGCUGAGGGACAAAAUGAGGUCCAGUCCGACAGGGCGAAUGGGUUGGGGGGGUGGGGGGUGGGGGAGGUGGCCUACUCUGUUCAUGGUUUUCAAUAAAUCAGGUGUACUCUCAGAAUCGAGAAAGAUGAGAUGGGCCCUAAGAGUUUCUCACUGCAGGUGAUGUCGCGGUCUCCACAGGCUGAUGACAUAUUAAUGAGAUGGGAGGGCUGUGCCUUUAAAUCUCAAUGUGCCUGAGAUCUAUGAAUUGCCUAAGGGAUGGAAGAAACUGGUAACCUCGCAUAGAACGGUUGUAGGGGACAAGCAGCAUUUCUAUUAAAUCGGGACUGGAAAGCUGGACAGUGACAGAGAAAUUGCUGGGAUGUUUUAAUUAUUCCUCCCAAAGAAAGAGCGGCAGCCUCAGCCCUGCUCCGCUUGGUCCAGUGUAUCCCAGGGUCCCUUGAGUUGUAGGGAAGAAAUGGGAUGAACAGUAAGAUUUGUGGGUCGAAGAGGGUAUCGGAAGCAAGUUGAUGAUGAUUGUUUUGUUGUCAUGGAAAACCUUGGGGCUGGUAGGACUUGGGCCAAAGGCUCAAAGCACAGCCAGAACUCAGAAACCUCCUGCGCAUACAGCUGUGCCUCUAAGGACGAGGGAAGCCGCCUGUGUUCUGGGGAUCACGUUGAAAAAAAUUAUUUCCUGGGCUAAUUCACAUUGCGUCCCAACCGUGGAAAUGUUCGUCGUUUCUCUUCCCAAGGCCAGCCACACCUCCCACCACGGUCAGGACAACUAGCCAGCACCUGGUGCUGUGUAAAUUAGAUUACAAACCAUUAUUUUCAUUUAACUUGCACUAUUCUGUAUAAAUAAAAUACGUACUUUGAACAUCU